AUGAAAGCCCUGUCGUGGAAUUGCCGAGGGCUUGCGAGACCCUCGGCAAUCCAAGCUAUUUUAGCUUGGGUAAAGAAAUGGCAAGUGGACUGUGUUUUUCUUAUGGAGACGAAGAUAGGGGAGAACCACAUGAGAAAUAUUUGUAAGAACCUUCACUUUGACAAUGGUAGUUACAUUCCCUCGGUUGGCAUAGGUGGUGGCUUUUGUUUGUUAUGGAAUAAUUGUGUUAACAUAAAGAUUUUAAAGAAGGUGGAGUCGGGCUUUGUUUGUCGGGUGAAUGACCACGGGUUUCAGGAUUCUUGGCAUCUUUUUGCGGUUUACGGGACUCCCUACGCUGAUCAAAAGUCUGAGUUUUGGGAGAAUUUGGCAGACCAAAUAAACUCUUGUAAUGGCCCCUGGGCACUCAUGGGAGAUCUGAAUGUUAUUUUGGCUAAGGAGGAUAAAUCGGGAGGUCGCUGCUUUGCCUACCGUGAUGGCUCUGUUUUGAGGAAUUUCUUGUUCUCAACUGGGGGUGUUGAUUUGGGUUUUAUUGGCUGCAAGUACACUUGGCAAAAUAAAAGAGGAACUGGUCGUUUGGUGAAGGAGCGCAUUGACCGUGUGAUUGUUGAUACAAGCUGGUUGAGCCUCUGUCCUAAAGGUGGAGUUCGUAACUUACCUAUCAUAAGUUCUGAUCACGGAGCCAUCUUGUUAGACUCUUGUGCUUUUAGGCCUAGAGGGCCUCGCCCCUUCAGAUUCUUUGAAGCAUGGUUCUCUGAUCUUACUAGUUUGAGCGUCAUAAAAGAAGCGUGGUCGAGCAAGGAUCCUAAUGAGAAUAAUCCUACUUUGAUGAGUAAGUUAGUGAAAACUCAAAAUGCCCUCAGAUGGUGGAGUAAGAAUGUUUUUGGGGAUUGCGAUCUCCGAAUCAAACAAAUGGAACUUGAGCUCCAAACUCUUCAAUCCAAAGAAGCAAAUGAGGUGGAUGAGACUACAGAGCGACGGAUUCAAGAUUCUAUAAUGGAAUUGUGGUCUCGUAAAGAAUCUAUGUGGAAGCAACGUUCGAGGGAACUCUGGCUCAGCUAA